UCGCUCCAGUGCUCAGGCGCGGAGGAAGCUUAUUAUUUAGCAAGCGCUAGAUUUAAAGUUAGCAUUAUCAAUUAGCAUAUCGUUGACAAGACUUCGUGUUGUAAAUACCGUACCGUAAUACGUGAGGGAAUUACCGCGGCAUUGACGUGUAUAAUACUUUUUCAUAUAAAAAAAUAAAAUGAAGUCACAUAGUUCUUUAAUACUAUUACUAUUUGUUUUUGCCCUUCUAAGUCGAAGUGUUUUUUCUUACGAAAUUGAUACCUAUGAUUUUCUCAUGCCAAAUGUCUGGCCUAACAAGGAUGAAGUGUAUUUAUGUACUCCGAUAAGAAUAGCACCACAGAAAAACUUUUACAUAGUGGGAUUCAAACCAAACGCUACAAUGCACACAGCCCAUCACAUGCUUCUAUAUGGCUGCUCUGAACCAGGAUCUAAUGACCCAGUAUGGAGCUGCGGCGAAAUGCAGAGUAAUGAAAUUGAUGACCAAUAUAACACAGCUAGCCCCUGUCGUUCUGGAUCUCAGAUAGUAUACGCGUGGGCCCGAGACGCGCCCAGCCUCCAACUGCCCGAAGAUGUGGGUUUCCUGAUUGGCCGUGAUUCUUCUAUCAAAUAUCUCGUACUACAAGUACAUUAUAUGACGAAGUUUCCUAAGGGUAAGACUGACAACUCUGGCGUUUUCCUGGAAUAUACAACAACUAAAAUGCCAAGGCAAGCGGGAGUGUUCCUGCUAGGUACCAGUGGUGUGAUCGCUCCCAACGGCGUGGAACACAUGGAAACGGCUUGCACACUCUAUGAAGACAAAGUAAUUCAUCCCUUCGCGUUCCGACCUCACACACACGCUCUCGGUACCCAGGUAACAGGCUACGUAGUCCGCCGUACAAAUAACGGCGAUACCUGGCAGGUGUUGGGUAGUAAGAACCCGCAGCUACCUCAAAUGUUCUACCCGGUAGUGAACACAUCGCCUAUAAUGAAGAACGACGUACUGGCCGCCCGCUGUGUCAUGAACAACACACACAAUCAUCCCGUUCAGAUUGGACCGACAAACAAAGAUGAAAUGUGCAACUUCUACCUUAUGUACUGGGUUCAAGAUGACGCUCCCCUAUCACAAAAGUAUUGCUUCUCGUCUGGACCACCGUACUACUACUGGAACCGAGCUCCUGAAGAUUUCAACCGCAUCCCCGAUAUGGACGUCGAUAUACUGUAAGGUAUCUAAUAUCAAAUAUUCCUCGACUAUAAAGACCAGGCUAGAAGCCUGAUAAGCGAUCUGAUUGGAACAAGAAAAUCUUAACUAAUUUUUGAUCUCGAUUUAAAAAUAUAUAUAUUAGAUUUGUUCUUAUAUUCCAAAAACAUUUUACGUACCGUUAAAUUUCAAAUCUAUUCGUAACUAAGACGAAACGUUUUGAAUAAGGAACACGAUAAAAUAGUAAAACAAAAAUAUAUUAUAGAAAACAUUUCCAUGUAUUUUAUGUAUCUAGUAGUCUAGUUUAUUACCUACGUUGCACAAAAAUGUAUGUUAUUAUGUAUUAUUAGAGUCAUAGUGUCUGUCUUGAUGUGUAAUUAUUAAUAUCCUUUUGAUUCGACGUGUUACAAGUUCCUCAAGAUGAAUAGAAAAUGAAAAUUAAAAAAAAAAAAUAAGUAGAUGAUGUAAGUUUAAUUGAAUUUAUUAGUUUUACGAUAAAGAUGUAGUUAAUAGGUACAAUUAUAUAUAUAUUGUUUUUGUUUUUUCGUCUUGUGACUGGUAAGUCGAAUUAUGAUCUGUAUACACACAAAAGUAAAACUGACAUAUUCUUUAAAAAUUAAACUUCUACUUAACAAAUAAUUUAUUAAAUCUGUGUAAUUAAAUAUAAACUCAAAUAGCCUAAUAUUAAAAAAAAAACUGGUUACACUGGCAAAUAAAAUUUACACUAUUGUCUCUCAAAAAUUAUUAAGGCAGUAGUGAUACACAAAAAAA